AUGGAUGAAGGUGUUUGUGAAACAGAAGUUGUCGAUCCGCGCCGAGUUUGGCUAGCAAAUCUUCCACCAAGAUCCACUGAGUUUGCUGUUCUUCAACUGAUUCGCCAGUAUGGAAAACUUGUUGAUUUCAAUUUUCCCGUUCAUCGGGCUGCGGGACCACUUCAGGGCUCUACUCUUGGUUACUGCUUCGUAACCUUCUCUACAGAGGAAGAAGCCCGAAGAGCCCUAGACGACCUUAACGGACGCAUGUUUUGCGGGGCUGUUCUCUCCGCUCAACGCGCUCGACCAACCAGAGACGAGGUUGCGCAGUGGACGGAGGCAAGGAAGGCGGCGCAGCGACAGCGCAUCGAAGCGGACACUCGCCGUCGUGAGGAAGAACUUGCCAGACGCCUCAAUUCAGCCUCUCCGUCCACCUUCGUGACAUUUGGAGAAGCAGAAAUCACUUGUCUCUUGUUUUUUUUCUCCUGCUCUUCGUCACGACCCCCUGCAAUUUCGGGUAGAAAAGUCGAAGCCCCGUCGGCCACGCACAAACCCACCUUGCCUGAUCUCUACGGCAAACUUGGCCAGAUCUCGGCGCCCAGCACCAAAUCGACAUCCCAACCUCCGCCUCCCAACCUCCUCCACGAUCCCAGAAAUACACUGUCAACGAACCUGGGUAUAACCAAGUCCUUUUUUGAAUGUGCUUUAGCGAUGAGUCGUGCACAGAGCAUGCAGGCCCUGAGGCGCAUCGAGGCUGCCCUGCGCAGCAGCGAUGAGAUCGCGCUGCAACCGGCGAUUCUCAGGUGCGAGAAGGCGGGACGCCGACGGCAGCCCCAUCCCGCGGUUGCCGCGCUUCUGGCUGGCUCCAAAAAGCCUCACGCCAGCACUGCGUGGACGAGUGGACGCAAGCGCACGGGCGCCGGCCUGCGAAACAACCCCUACUCCCGAUAG